AUGAAAGUGUCUCUCCGUGAACCCAUCUAUGAGACUGCAAAGCAGGAGAGACCGAGAAGCUAUUAUUUUUCCAGUCUUACGGAGGAGGAGCGAUCAAGAUACGCGGAAAGUGCCUUAGAUUACGAGAGUGUCUUGCGAGACGCUUCUCUAGGACCCUACCGAGGCUGGGCUCGGUUCAGGGGACGUGUUCUUGACGUGCAGCUACACAAUGAUCGAAUCGAACUAUCGUCGCAGCAAGACAAGAGGCUAAAGAGGCGCAGACCUGGACAGAAGCAAAGACUGGCCAGAAGGAUGGCUCAACAGCGUGAGAAAGAGCGUGAUGAGAAAGCCAAGGAGAUCAAAAAGAUGAUUAAGAGAAAGUUCCACAAACGCGGAGGUAAGAAGAAUAAAAAGAAGCCGGAACCAACGUUACCCAGGUUCAGAACUGAGUGA